CAGCAACUUUGUGAACACACGUGAAUGAUUUUUAGUACAUACUCACAUAAUCUUUAACGAGGUAGCCGAGAGGCAUUGCGUUUUCAGGAAGAUUUAUAACAAAAAUGUCUAAAUAAACUGAAUUUAUACUGCAAUUAAUUACUCUGAGUUUAAAAGGUAUAGAUGGAAAAUUAGGAAUCAAAAUCACAUCACUUUCAGUCCAGAUCAAAAGUUUGCAUAGUCUAUCGAGGUCUUUGCCCCUAAACUUUCCAGAUUUUGUCUCGGAUUUUAUUUAUCUAACACUAUUUUUGAAAUUAAGAAAAAAACAGGCAGACUGAUGGACAAUGAGAAUUUAUGGGUCUACAAGUUUUAAAAUUACAGCCCAAAACUAACUUGAAAUAAAAAGAAAAAAUCUUUUGAGGGAGAAGAAUUGAGAUUGAAAGAAAUGCUCACGAUCAACAGCACCCCACAUGUUUUUUCUGAAUUUUUCUUAAGCCCUGGUCACACUAUGCGAUUUCUAGCCGCGCAGGCGACUGCAACUGCAACAAGCGCGAGUCGCGUGCAUUUUCUCGUGGUCACACAUUGUUCGUUGACACUGCAACUCGGAAACACGUUACCCUAUAAUAAGCCAAUAAAAUUACAGUAGCUCGUUUUUGACUACCUUCGUGAGUUUACCUCCAUUUUACGUUCUAAUUUAGAGUAUUUAACGACAUUUUAGCCACUUUUCUUAUUAAAAUGGCAAGCAGUUCCUUUUCUGGAAUGAAUAAAAGAAAGAAGGCGAUAAUUUUGUUAGAGCUGGCAAGAAUAUACGAAGAGAAAAAUAAUAAAAAACGUUCAUGCUGGGUUUAAACUUGGCACAAUGAAAUUCAACGAGCCAAACAAUCUUGCUUCCACCAGCUGAUGAACGAAUUAAGGCUUUCAGAUGCUGAAGGUUAUAGGGGAUAUAUUCGUAUGGAUACGAAUACUUUCCAAAGUAUUUUAAGGAGGAUAACACCAAUAAUAGCUAAAGAAGAUACACAUCUUCGAAGCUCUAUUUCACCCGGAGAACGUCUUUCGUUGACACUUCGUUAUUUAGCUACCGGCGAAACGUUUCGUAGUUUAGCGUACCAAUUUAGAGUGGCGCAUAAUUCAAUAUCAGUUAUUAUCCCAGAAGUUUUGGAUGCUAUUUAUCAAUCUUAUAAAAGUGAAUAUUUGAGGGUACCAUCUACAGUAUGUGAAUGGGAAGAUAUUGCUAGGGAAUUUGAUGAAAUGUGGCAAUUUCCUCAUUGCCUUGGUGCUAUAGAUGGAAAACAUGUACAGAUCAUAUGUCCUAAGCAAUCUGGAUCUGCUUAUUAUAACUACAAAGGAAUUUAUAGCGUAGUUAUGAUGGCAAUAGUACGUGCAGAUCUGUCAUUUAUAUAUGUGGAUGCAGGCACUAAUGGGAGACAGAGCGAUUCUUCAAUUUGGAAUGCAUCAAAUCUGAAGAAGGCUAUUGAUGAUGGAAAGUUAAACUUUCCACCAGAUAGUCCUCUUCAAAGUGGAGGACAGCCAAUUCCAUAUGUAUUUGUUACCGAUGAAGGAAUUGGUAUGUCUUCACGAGUAAUGAGGCCUUAUCCAAUGAAACAGUUGACAGCUGAGAAAUCCAUCUUCAAUUAUAGAUUAUCAAGAGCAAGGAGAGUUGUUGAAAAUGCAUUUGGGAUCCUGUCUUCUGUUUGGCGAGUCUUCAGUACUGUGAUUUUAUUAUCUCCAGAUAAGGCUACAAAAAUCAUCUUAACAUGUUGUGUUCUUCACAAUAUGUUACGGGAAAGAAAAAUAAAAUCUUAUCUCGCAGCUACUACCAGUGAGAACUUUGGAGAGCAACAACAGUCGAAAUUUAAAUCCAUCAACAGCAGCAGCAAAAGCAAUUCGUGAUGAAUUCAAAACUUAUUUUAAUACUGUAGGCCAAGUAGAAUGGCAAUGAGAUGAAAUUAAUUUAUUUAUAAUAUUAUUAGAUAAUAAAUGUGAAAUGUGAAAAUAUUUAAGAAGUUUGGAAUUAUUAUAAUUAUGUCAUUAUAAAUGAUACACUAUUUUGAGUUAAGAAAUACAACUUUGAUACAAUAAAUUAAAGAUUUUUAUUAAUUAAUUAUUAUUCAUAAUAUUUUUUUCUUCUUCUAUAAUAAGCGAAAAUAUCUUUAUUUGCAAAUCUAAGGCAUUUUUCUGAGGAAGUGUUCGUAGUUUGGUAGUUAUAAUACUGCCAAAUUCAUCAAACACAUCCUUCCUUGGUUCAUUACAGAGAGCCUGAAAAAAUAUUUAAUAAACAAUCUUAAAUGAAAAGGCAGAUAUAUGAUUUAAUCAUCUUUGUAUUUGUGUAAUAUUUAUAGUAUCAGUUAUUAAAGUGAACACUUACUCAAUAAUUUUGAGUUUUUUAGAUGUUCACUCUGAGUUGUAAACUAUAAAUAAAUAAAUUACAGUAUACAUUUUGAAAUAACUUACAUUCAU